AUGACACAGCCGAAGGUUGAGGACCUGAGUAGGGAAGAUGUCAAGAAGUUGGCGCGCAUCUUGUUCCUUGAUGUCAAGAAGUUUCAGGAACGAGAGGCUGCUGCCAAACUGACCACUGAGCUACCUUCGUACCUCCGCCGAUCGCGAAUCCUCUCGUUGAUGGUGGACAAGCUAAAUCUCAUACGAGAGCCUGCGAAGGCUGCAUGUUUUAUCCAUAAGACGCUGAAUAGAGAGAUAAUUCAUGCACUCUGUGGGCUCAUACGGGCAGAAGUGGGUGAAGGCCUGAAUGGGCUGGUAUCAAGGCAGACUCGGUUGUCGAUUGAGCAGAGGCGCAUGAUACACAACCUCCGUACUGUGAACGGACUCUGGAUGACGCGAGAAACAGUGGAGAGGAAAUAUCUCAUCAGGCCAUCUUUCACAUGGUAUUAUCAGAGCGACGGGUGCGAGGCAUGCAUGGUCAGCCGGUUUGCGAGAGACCGGGCUGCAUUGACAGAUAUGCGCACGCUUCUUCUCAGUCGGAUAGGGAGGCGAAAAAACAGGAACCCACCGCAACUUGUGAGGUGGGUGGAAGAACUGAUGAGCUGCCACGGUCCAUCUAGCCUAGAAAUGUUUGUUUUCAGCGCGGAAGACGCACUAGAAUUGAAGGCUGCCAGGCGGGAUAUCAGGGGUACGAAAUCUCAGGGGCAGAACGCUGCUACCGGCCAGGGCUGCGGGCUGAGGAGAGCAGAGAGCAACGUCACCCACCGGCCAACCAGAUGGACAUCGGUGAACACACGUCAGGCAAACAGGCGACCACGGUCGAUGGAGACACUUCGGAGCCCAGACAACAGUGCCCUCCCGUCGUCUGAAGCCGAGGUCGAUACUGCAAAUGAAAUUAUUGACUGCUAUCUUAACCGGACCCUGAUUGAUGUGAACCCAGAGCCGGUCACAGCACAACCAGAACGGCAGCAGGAUAGAACGAUUCCUGAUCCAAAGACAAGGUUACAGCCAGAGCCAGGGUCGGAGCAAAGACAUAGAAUCGACAGGGCCGAGUGUCAUCGUCCAACUAGCGCUAGUCAAAUGAAGAGAAGCGAAUCGCUGAGAAUAGCUAUGGCAGCGUGUUCCGAGACAAGACGUAACACACAAAUUCAACCAUUGCGGUCACCGAGCAUAUCUAGUUCACGGGCUGGAACUAGAUAUAAAUACCCGUCGAGACGAACCCAGAGUGUGUACUCCAAUGGCGGCAGCUAUUCCAAAAUGGACCAGAAUGUCCACAAGCCAGUCUGUCAAAAUAACGACCAUAGAAGCAGCAGGUUGACUCGCUCACAGACUAUCAAGACGAGUAAGGAGCAAGCAGCAGAGUAUCGAUCCCUGCUUGGAGAAAUGCAUCGACUCUCCUGUUAUUCCCCGUCCAACUACAGCCGAGCAACGCUAGUCGAAGGCCCUGGCAUCCCGAACCCACGGCUAGAGGAGAAGAGACCGGUGUCCGAGGCAACGACCCGUUGGAGUACGUUCGACGGAGGAGAGGAUCUAUACCCCCCUAUUGAGCCGAUCCCCCCGUUGAGAAUUCGAAAAGAGAAGAGAAGAAUCGGAGGAGAAUGA